AUGAAGAAAGAACAUUUGAAGAAAUGUCUCAAUUGGUUAUUGGCUUUUAUUGUAACAAUCUUAAUAUUGUACCAUCCAACGGAUGCGAAGAAAAAAGUUGUGAUUCAUGUACCUUAUCGUAUAAAAAAAAUAAAACACACUCACACUGUCUACAAAGUUAUUCCACACAGUAUUGAUCACGGAAAAUCUGAUGUCGGCGUUGAUGACAAAGAAGAAUUCGAUCAUUUUAAAAAAUAA